AUGGAUUUCUUCGCUGAUCUACAGAUAGCGGAUGAACAGGAUGAAACUCGGGUCUCUAGAGAGGACCGGAUUAACAGAGCAUUUGAGGAAAGCAAACGAUCCUAUAAAGAUGAACGAGUUCUAACAGAGCCUGGGUGGUUCAACUCCGACCUCUCCGUCAAAGAAAGAUUAGCCUCUUCAAGUCGUGCCGUACGAGAAGUUGAAUGGUCUGUCCAACAACUCUACGUACAGCGCAAAUAUGCCGACUGCCUGCGAAUGACCCUCGAGUUCCUCGACGCGCUCGACAAUUUAGCUGACAACUCAGCCGGUGCACCCGAUGAACCUAAGCAAGAACUGCGAAGGCGCGAGCUUCUGGAUAUUGGAAUGCGAUGCGCGUUCAAAGUGCACGACACGAACACCGCAAAAACACUGGCGGAUCGCAGUAGGCCUUCGUGGAAGACCAAUGCCGGCCUGGCGAGUGCUGCAGCGGAGGCGUACGUUCUCGCCUCAGAACCAUACCAGGCAAUCACAGCCAGCCUAGAUGUGAUCGACUUUCGCGGUCCACUAUCUCCUUAUCUCGCACCAUUAUGUCGCGCCCUCUGCCAGCUAGAACCCAGUUGGCCCGAAGCUGCCGGCUCAGAAGAUAGGAAGCAUGCAGCUCAACAGCUUCUUGCCGUCGUCGAAGCGCUUGAACAACGUGCGCAGGCUGGAGUGAGCCUAGCCCUUUCAGCUAAACAGACGAGCACGAGGGGCGGGACCGUUCUCCCAGAGGUGCCGAAGCCUACGGAGGAAGACAUACACCGAUGGACGCAAGCGCUGUCUAUAGAGGAGAGUGACGCAUUGCGUCUCACAAAGCUCUGUUGUCAUCAUGACGAAGCCCAGGAAGAGAAGGAUACUAUCCGAUCGGUGCGGACGCUCUAGCUAAUGAUG